AUGUUUUUCCCCAAACCCUCAAACGUAACUCUGAAAUCCCUCUCCACUCUACGUCGUCGUUUCGCAACAGCCCUAAUUACUAAACCCUUCCCCGACGAUCCCACCGGUGCCUACUACGAUGAAGUCGCCGCCGACGCCGUCAGCUCCGGCGACUACAGUGCUCUACGGGACGUCCUCAACAAGCGCGUUCAAGACGGCUUCAACAACAACAAAAGCAGUUUCAGUUUCCUCACUCACUCUAAUUGCUCUCCCUCCCUCAUCGAUAAGCUCGUUGAAACCAUCUCCCAUCUCAAUGAAGGUUACACGCGCCGCAACGCGCUCGACUUGCUUGUCGCGCGCCUCUGCAAGAUCCGACGCAGGGAGGAGGCGCUUCGCGUGAUCGAGUCAUUGGCGCGUGGUGGCGUCUGUGUCCCAACCGCGUGGACUUUCUAUCCCAUCCUCAGGUCCCUCACAAGGGAGAGGUCCCUCGACCACGCGAGGGGCGUGGUGGAUUUAAUGGCUGAGCUCGGUAUUGGGCUGGACCAGAUAGGCUACAACGUUUUUCUCAAGGCCUACUGUUACGCCGGAGACUUUGAUGAGGCGGCCGGAGUUUUGAGGAAAAUGGAGGAAGAGGGUAUUGCGCCGGAUGCACGUACGUUUGACACGUUGGUGUUGGCCGCGUGUAGGGCGGGAAAGGUGGAUGGUGCAAUGGUGAUACUGAGGAGGAUGGUGGAUGAUGGAGUGCCCAUGCUGUACUCAACGCACAUGUAUGUUAUUAGGACCCUUUUGAGAAUGAAGUGCUAUGAACAUGUUAUGAGGUAUGUAAGGAGUUUUGUUGGGAGGGAUAAGUUGUUGGAUGCUGAGCUUCUUGGUGUUUUGGCUAGCAAGUUGGUGAAUUUGAAGAAGGAGGAAGAAGCAAUGUCAAUUUUGGUGGAAAUGAAGCAAAGGGGUGUGCCAAUGGGUUAUAAACUGAGAGAAUUUUAUAAAAUGAAUGCUAGAAAGAAAAAUGGUGCAAGGGUUGGUGGUGUAGUUGAAGAAGGUGGAAAUGGAGUGUAG